AUGGCCGGCACCAAGAGAUCGGCUCCGUCGAGGAGCUUCUCACCGGAGGACAGCCCGAGCAAGAAGACGCGAAUUGACCGCCAUGUCGACAUGAAGCAGCGCGGCGCACAAGACAAGAACUUUGAGCGGAAACAGGAGGAGGAGCUGAAGGCCUCGACGGAGUACCAUGAGCAAGCGACGAACGAUAAAAAGAUGGCAGUGAAGAAGGACUCGAGUGUGAAAGACGAAGCCAAAAAGGAUGAAGAAACCCGAUUCCAGCCGACAGCCGUCAUCGACCACUUUCAGAACGACGUUACCACGUGCGACGGUCGCGACACAUCACCGACUGUUUUGCUCAAGGGGAAUGAUGAGAAUCUUCCCUCAAGUCGCAUGAAGCUUCAGGAGCCGGUCGAGAAGGAUGAGAAACAGAGGUGA